AUGCCUCUCUCGGUCUCGGCCGCUUCCAUCCACCAUGCUUCCUAUCAUGUACUCCUCCUACUCAUCGCAGCCACCGCCACCGCCGUGUUCACCACGGGCGGCGACGGCGGCACGGGGGUCGGCAAUGCCACGGCGACGACAACGACGGCAGGCGGCGGCGGCAGCACGGAGAUGUACAUCUGCUACCUCUGCACCGGGCGCAACCCGAUGAUGAUCAGGCGCUGCCCCAUCUACUGGGACUUCUGCCACCUCGUCUGCUACGCGCCCGGCGCCACCGCCGCCGGCGGCGCCGCCGUUCCCGUCGAGCCCGCGGCGCCAGGGCGACCGGUGGGCGGCGUCCCGCGCGACGUCGUCGACGAGGAGUGCUACGUCAUGAAGCUGUACGAGAACGGCAGCUACGUCAUCGUCAUCACGCUGGGGUGCUCCCAGACCGCCAGUUGCCUCCUCUCCUGCGGCGGCGGCGACCUCGCAGCCGGCGGGGAAGAAGCCGGCCGGGCACCCCUGGGCGCCGCCCCACCGCCGGUGGCAGCGACGGCUCCCAAGCGCACGCUGCAGAUGCCGCCACCACGCGUCGCUGAUUUCCAGCGGUGCGGUGCACAGGCGAUGACCGCUCCGACUCCGAGGGCCAUCACCGGCGGCUCGUAG